GGUUUUAUUUUUCUUUGCCUAAAAAUGAGUUAUGAAAUGGCUCUUUUGCCCCUUGCCUUAGUAAACUAGUAAGCCUGCUCGUUCUCAACCUCACGUACGCUCCCAGCCCAGGAGUCCGCUCCUCCCAGGCACAAGCAAAGCAGCCGCUCGCGGAGCUUCCCGGCGACCCUCCCGACAGUGUGCUCUCUGCUAGUGGCUCCAGCUCCUUCGCCCUCUCCUUCACUCCAUGUGCUCAUUAAUCUGAAAUUGGUUGGGGAUUUGAGCUGGGAUGGAUCCUGCUUGUGUUUCAGAAGGGGAUAAUUCAAAGAACCUGCAUAAAAUAGAUGUUACCGUCAACUCUUAUUUCGCCGUUCUUGAUGGUAAAAAGGUGUACAAUCGAGGCAGAACAAUAAAUUUGGUUGUGAAUCCAGAACACUAUACACUUAUUGAUUUAGAGAAAGAUGUGGAUUCAUAUUUCAAAUGGGGUAGCUGCCAAAAGCCAAUUUUCUGGGUUGUUGAAAAGGGUGACAAAUGGCAAUGUAAGUUGACUUCAGAUGCUCAGCUUAGUGACCUGGUAAGUUCAUUCGAUCUGGUGAAGUUAUUUAUGACAAUGGGAAGAUGUAAGGAGGGAGAGGAGACGCUGCAUGUUGUGACCGAUGUGGUGGGCAAGGAGAUGCUAGCUGCAGCAUAUCCGGUGGGCAAGGAGAUGGAUGUAGACAAUAUUGUCUAUGAAGAGAUGCAUGUAGAUGAGGUGAUUGGCACAACAGACAAUGGAGAGGAGGGUAUGCAUGAAGACAUGGACAAGCAACCAGAAUGGAGAGAAGUGCCUGAAUAUGGUCAAACAACUGCAGGGGCACCAGUGGUUGAUCUGAUGGAUAAAAUUAGAGAGAAGAUCAUGGAAAAGAUUGCCACAAGGCAAGAUAUUGCCAAUAGACUUGAAGGUCAUAUCCUUCCAAGUGUGCUACAUGAGCUAAACAUGAAAAGUAGAGGGCUUAAUUAUGAUUUUAGCAAAAGUGGGUUACUAGCAGCCGAGAUUUCUGGAACAACAAAUGAAGGGAAGACAUGGAGGUAUGGUGUUGACCUUAACAAAAGAACUUGUGGCUGUGGACAAUGGGAGGUGUCUGGAAAACCAUGCACUCAUGCUAUCUUUUCACUUGGAAAAUUUAGACAGAAAGAGUUAAAAAUCGAGGAUUUUGUGGAUGAUUACUACUCAGUAGAGAGGUUUAAACUUGCUUAUCAAUUUGAGGUCAUUCCAAUGGGUGACAAAUCUCAAUGGCCAAAGAAUGACCCCGGUUUUGAAAUGGUCCCUCCACCAUUAGAAAGGCCUGCUGGGAGACCAAGGAAGCAGAGAAUUAAGGCUAGUGGAGAGCCAGGAAAAAGAGGUCCAUAUCAAUGUAAAAGGUGCUUCAAGUUUGGACAUAUAGAGAAGGGAUGCAAUGCAACUCAAGCUGAACUAGAGCAGGAGCUUCCACCACCUCGUCCAAAAAAACAAAAAAAGCAAAGCAAAACCAAAUCCGAAGCUUAUGAAAACUCCACAAAAGGUGCUGAGCCAUCAAACAUUGAUGUUGAUCCAAAACUAACUUCAAGCCCAGGUGUUACGACAAGAAGGAUGGCGUCCCUCUCUCCGGCAAGAGCAAGUCCAUGUGUUACCACAAGGAGGAUGGCGUCCCUGUCUCCAACCAGUCCGGGUGUGUCAACAAGAAGGAUGGCAUUUAUCUCACCUGGAGGAAUCAACCGCAGGCUUAUCAUUGAUUAGUUGUAUUAGUGCAAUGUUAGCAUGUACUGUAACUUAGUUUAUGGCAUGCUCCAUGGCUAGCUUUUGGGCAUUUGUCUAGUUACCAUGUGAACUAGGGUCUCUGUGAACUAUGAACAGCUUGUAGUCUUAUGCCAAGUCGUUAUGCACGGACAAAAUUAGUAUUAUAUCAUAUUUUAAUGUGUUUAUGGUCUCUUUGAUCUGUUAUAUUCUACGUUGGAAGGGGCAAGGGCAUUUGUGUCCUAUUUAACUGUGA